CCUCAGUAACUGUAAUUGGAGAUUAUUGCUUGAAUAUCACAUGUAGGUUUUAACAUUGUCAGGGGAGAUGACUAGAGUCUUAAAUCUCUGAUUCAGCACUCCUGGCUUGUUCUUCUAAAGGUAAGGUUCAUUUUCUUUGGGUGAUCCAAACUGCUCUGAUGUCUACUACUACUAAAUCAGUUUACUUCAACUGUCUCCUGUUCCUGGAGGGCAUGGUGUUGAAAGCACAGGCAUUUGUUGAACACAGACCCUGUGGAGAAAGACGCCUGCCAAGCUUACUGCCCUGUUGCAGGAGUCCUGUCUUUCCUCUUCAGUGUCUGAACCUCCUUGGCACCCCAGAAGCGGGUGGUGACUUACGUGAAUUUGAUGUGGUUGAUCUCUUAUUUCCUUGUAACUCGGUCAGUCUGAGAAAAUACGAGGAGACCAAGGGCAGCAAAGAGCAGUAACCAUUCCUGUGCUGCUGGUAGGUUUUCUUGCAGGAGUGUGAUGCUGUAGGAAUAUGUAUUUAGCUCAGAGCCUGUGCAAACGGGGAGGCAGGAGGAGAUGGGAGGUUCCUCUGUGUUUUCAGAAACCAUGGCGAGUCCUGCGAAGGAUAACUAUCGAAUGAAGAGUUACAAGAACAAAGCCCUAAAUCCCGAGGAAAUGCGUCGGAGAAGAGAAGAGGAAGGAAUUCAACUGCGCAAACAGAAACGAGAGCAACAGGUAACUGUCAUCUUGACUAGCUUGUGUACAGCCUUAACACAACCACGAUUGUGCUGCUGCCAAACUGGAAUCUUCAAGGAUCUGUGCAUUAAGCUCUUUAAAAGAAGAAAUGUGGAGUUGAUCAGUGAAGAUGCCUCCAUGUUUGAUAGUCUCCUUGUGGAUUCCUAUGUUAGUUCCACGACAUGUGGGGAGGGAGUGAUCACAAGAGAGAUGGUAGAGAUGCUUUUCUCAGAUGACCCUGACCUACAGCUAGCAACCACUCAGAAAUUCAGGAAGCUACUCUCCAAAGAGCCGAAUCCUCCAAUAGAUGAAGUGAUAAACACUCAGGGAGUGGUGGACAGAUUUGUUGAAUUCCUGAAAAGAAGUGAAAACUGCACGCUACAGUUUGAAGCAGCGUGGGCACUGACGAAUAUUGCAUCAGGAACUUCCCAACAAACAAAAAUAGUAAUUGAGGCUGGGGCAGUUCCUAUAUUUAUAGAGCUAUUAAACUCUGACUUUGAGGAUGUUCAAGAACAGGCUGUCUGGGCAUUGGGGAACAUUGCUGGAGACAGCUCUGUGUGUAGAGAUUAUGUCCUUAACUGCGCUAUUCUUCCUCCCUUAUUAAUGCUCCUUACGAAGUCCACCAGGUUGACAAUGACACGAAAUGCUGUCUGGGCCUUGUCAAACUUGUGCAGAGGAAAGAGUCCACCACCUGAAUUUGAUAAGGUAUCUCCCUGCCUGCCAGUGUUGUCCCGAUUAUUAUUCAACAGUGACUCUGACUUGCUGGCAGAUGCGUGUUGGGCUCUUUCCUACUUAUCAGAUGGCCCCAAUGAGAAAAUUCAAGCAGUUAUUGACUCGGGAGUGUGUCGGCGACUGGUGGAGCUGUUAAUGCACAAUGACUACAAAGUGGCUUCCCCAGCUUUGCGAGCGGUUGGCAACAUUGUGACGGGGGACGACAUCCAGACCCAGGUGAUUCUGAACUGUUCAGCCUUGCCUUGUCUACUUCAUUUAUUAAGCAGUCCCAAGGAGUCAAUCAGGAAAGAAGCCUGCUGGACUAUAUCUAACAUCACAGCAGGAAACAGAGCACAAAUACAGGCAGUCAUAGACGCAAACAUUUUCCCGGUACUGAUAGAAAUCUUGCAGAAAGCAGAAUUCCGGACGAGGAAAGAGGCAGCAUGGGCUAUUACAAACGCAACGUCAGGAGGAACUCCCGAACAGAUCAGAUACUUGGUCAAUUUGGGUUGUAUCAAGCCUCUCUGUGACCUGCUGACUGUCAUGGACUCCAAGAUUGUUCAGGUGGCGUUGAACGGCCUGGAGAACAUCCUGAGGCUUGGAGAGCAGGAAGCCAACCAGAGUGGGACAGGCAUCAACCCCUACUGUAGCCUGAUUGAGGAGGCCUAUGGUUUGGAUAAGAUAGAGUUCCUACAGAGCCACGAGAACCAGGAGAUCUACCAGAAGGCCUUUGACCUGAUUGAGCACUACUUUGGAGUAGAGGAUGACUCCGCUCUAGCUCCCCAGGUAGACGAGAACCAGCAGCAAUUCAUCUUCCAGCAGCCCGAAGCCCCCAUGGAAGGUUUCCAGCUAUAAUGUGCCCGGAGGAAAAGAACACCACAAACUUGCCGGAAAGCAACUUGGGAGCAGCUGAUCGUCCCAUCCCCUUCUUGCAAACGGAAGGCUGAAUGUCCACUCCACCUGUUAGGAAACAAUUCUUCCUUCAAACAACUAGAAACAGUGCUUUAUCCUCACAGAGAGGAGGGGAUAUUCUUACACUUUGGUUUUUUCCUUUUUGCUGCUGCAUACAUAUCUUCAAAGCAGGCAUCUGGGUGGAGGAAGGACACUGAGGUAACAGAUUGCACCUCUUGGUGGUUUGUUUUUUUUUUUCUUUGUGGUGAUCUCUCCCAAAUGUCACUUUUUACCUCGGGUACUUAAUUGAGAUUUCAGCAUUGGGUUGGGUAAGAACACAAAUA